AUGCUACAAAACCAUCCACGACAAAUGUUCACUCACCAACUAUACCAAAUUCCCCUCCCCUCCAUAUAUUCUUCAUUCACUCAAACCCAAACUGUAUUUCAAACCUCAAUCUCCAUUUCAUCUCUUUCUCAAGAAACGACAAUGAAAUUCAGGCCCAGAAGACCAAAAUCAAAACAACCACCACUCCUAUUCUUUCUCAUUCUCUUCCUCUUCUCACUACCCGCUCCAUCAUCAUCGUCCAGUCACGCCAAAUCAACCACCACCAUCGCCCACCAAUUCAAAGAAGCCCCUGAAUUCUACAAUUCCCCAGAAUGCGCCUCCAUCACCGACACCGACGACAACGUUAGCAGCGACCAAAACAGCGACAUAUACAUCUGUUCCGAGGAAGUAGUCCACGUGGCAAUGACGCUGGAUAUAACAUACAUCCGAGGAUCCAUGGCGGCGAUCCUUUCGGUCCUCCAACACUCCUCCUGCCCCCAAAACAUAUUCUUCCACUUUGUCUGCUCCUCCAGCGCGUCCCUCCUACGCGCCGCCAUCUCCAACUCCUUCCCCUACCUCAAGUUCCACCUCUACACCUUCGACGACUCCCAGGUCUCGGGGCUCAUCUCCACCUCCAUUCGCUCAGCGCUCGAUUGUCCCUUGAACUACGCGCGCUCCUACUUGCCCAACCUUCUUCCACUGUGCGUGCGGCGCGUGGUGUACUUGGACUCCGACCUUAUCCUCGUUGACGACAUUGCCAAGCUUGCAGAAAUCCCAUUGGGGGAAAACUCGGUCCUCGCUGCCCCUGAAUACUGCAACGCCAACUUCACCGCGUAUUUCACCUCAACGUUCUGGUCCAACCCUUCGCUCUCGCUCACCUUCGCAGACAGGAAGCCCUGCUACUUCAACACGGGGGUGAUGGUGAUCGAUUUGGAGCGGUGGCGAGAGGGGGAUUACACCACCAAAAUCGAGGAAUGGAUGGAGCUGCAGAAGAGGAUGAGAAUCUACGACUUGGGUUCUCUUCCACCCUUCUUGCUUGUCUUUGCUGGGAACAUCGCUUCCGUGGAUCACAGGUGGAACCAGCACGGUCUCGGCGGUGAUAACUUUCGUGGACUCUGCAGAGAUCUGCACCCUGGCCCUGUUAGUCUCUUGCAUUGGAGUGGCAAAGGUAAACCCUGGGUUCGAUUGGACGCUAAUAGGCCUUGCCCUCUGGACGCGCUUUGGGCACCCUAUGAUCUCUUAAGAACUCCCUUUUCUUUGGAUUCUUGA